AUGCAUCCAAUGGGAAAAUUUCUCAGUGUUACGGGAAGCAUCGCCCUUGGAAUUGUUGGCUACAACACAUGGAGAUUUAUUUCCUUCCACCUUGCCCUAUACGGCGAUCGCAAACUUGACAGAUACAAAUCAAAGAGUCAAAAAAGCUGGGCAAUUGUCACCGGCGCAAGCGCUGGAAUUGGCCUUGGCUAUGCAGAAGAGCUCAUCACUCGGGGAUUCGGGGUCAUCAUUUUCGGACACAAACUCGAGGAGCUCCAACAAGCCGAGAUCCACUUGAGGACAAUUUCAGACGAUGCAGAAGUCAGAAUCGUCGAAUUGAAUGCGAUAACUGCAUCGUCAACCGAUAUCGAGAAUGCCUUGAACGAAUUCAAACAACUGCAUAUCACAAUCCUCAUCAAUAAUGUCGGCGGCGCAGUGUCCUGGCCAUUCUACAAACCCUACACAGAGCAUACCGCCUCCGAAGUCGACAACACAAUCAAUCUGAACGCCCGAUUCAUGGCCCAGCUCACACGCAUUCUUCUUCUAACAUUGAGUCGAAACUCUCCCUCCCUCAUCCUGAACAUGAGUUCAGGUUCUCACAUGGGCAUUCCAUGGCUUUGCGCGUAUAGCGCAGUGAAAGGCUUCAACGCAUCAUUCAGUCGAGCCAUAUCCCGAGAAAUGAAAGCUACAGGUGUAUCCAUUGAUAGCAUUGUUUUUUAUCCAGGAGAUGUUCACAGCCAGGCCAACACGAGUGGUCUUGCGCCUUUUUCUCCUUCUUCCAGACAGUAUGCGAAAAUGGCACUGGAUCGCGUGGUGACGGCUGUUCGUCAGGGGAGGAAUGAAAUGAGUCCAUUUUGGAUGCAUGGUCUUUCUGGGGUGUUGAAUUUCACGCCUGAGUUUUUGGUUCAGAGUCUGACGAAAACGAGUCUUGAGGGCAAAUUGAAAGCACAGGAGCAGAUGAUGAAAGUCGAAUAG